GUUUGUCGUGUCGCCGCCAUUUUUAAUCCUCAAAUAAUAAAAACAAAACAAAAAACACAAAUGAUAGGCUUAUUUUGUUUUCGCGAAGAAGUUACAUAAAGUUUAACAAUUAGCUCAGGUUCACCAGAAAUAGCUAAAAGAUACUCUGCUGACAUCGCCAUUUUUAAAGAUGUCGCUGGUGUAUCUCGGGCAGCAGCUGCUGGAGGCGGUGCGAGGUGGACAGGAUGAUGAUGUCAAAGCCCUGAUGGCCAAUGGGGCUCCGUUCACUACGGACUGGCUGGGCUCGUCGCCGCUGCAUCUCGCAGCCCAGCACGGCCAUCACUCCACCGCCGAGGUGCUGCUGCGUGCCGGGGUCAGCCGCGACGCCCGGACCAAAGUGGACAAGACCCCUCUUCACGUGGCUGCCUCGCAGGGUCACUCCACCAUAGUGGGCCUGUUAGUGCAGAACGGCGCCGACAUCAACGCCAAAGACAUGCUGAAGAUGACUCCGCUGCACUGGGCGGCCCAGCGCGGCCACAGGGAGGUGGCCAAGCUCCUGCUGAGGUACGACGCGGACAUCCACUGCCUCAGCAAGUUCGACAAGACGCCCUUCGACAUAGCCAUGGACGCCAGAAACACCGAGCUGAUGAUACUGCUACAGGACGGCAUGCAGAACCAGGUGAACGUCGAGCCAGAGUCCCACUACAUCAUCCGUGCUGGUGGGCUGGUCAAACUCGCAGAGCUGGUUGCCGCCACCAAGACCAGCGCAGGCAAGUCAGAGGACGCCAUGGCUGCCGAGUCGGUGGAAACAACCAUUCAGCAUGUGGUGGGCGACGGCGGGCAGAGGGUCAUCACCAUCGUGACGGACCAACACGGCAACCUGCAGCCGGCGUCCCUGGGCCAGCAGCUCUUCUUCACCCUGCAGGGGCAACAGAUGGUGGCUUUGCCAGCAGGCGCAAUCACAGAGGAGGUGGUGGUGGAGGAGCCUCAGCAGGCCACGCCCACACGCAAGAGGAAGACUGACCCCGCAGCCAAUCACAUCAGCCUAACAGACAAGUUCCAGAAGGUCAAAGAAAGCCGCGAGCAGCUGGAGCGCCAGCUGCAGGAAGCCAAUCUUAAAGCCCAGGGCUACCAGCAGCAGCUCCUGCAGAAGGAGCAGGAGGCCGAGCAGUAUCGUCUUCAACUGGAGCAGGCCAUAGCCAUCAGCAACAGCAGAAUCAACAACGGCAUCGACGCCGCGACGGACACCUUGAACGGCGGCGCCACAGUGAAGCAGGAGGAGGAGGAGGAGGAGGAGAUGAUGGUACAGGAGCAGGUAGAGACGACGGAGGAAGCUGGAACAACAGAGGUGGAAGAAGGGGAGAGGGAAGACGGGAAGCUGGAGGAAGAAGUCAUCUGUGAACUUCCAGAAGAUGCAAUUCUUGCGAAUGAGCGCGAGCUGGACGUGGAGGUCGAUGCAACACACACGUCUUCCCCCGGUCGGCGAGGCCGAGGGAGAAGUAGAGGGAGAGGCAGAGGGGGACGCAGACACUAGCUGACGAGUUUUGUUCUAAUCUAUUUAAUUCAUUUUAUCUCCUUUUGUAAAAAAAAAAUGUGGAAGACUUUUGUAAAAAUGUCCACGUUUUCAUGCGGCACAAACUUUAGAUCGACAUCUCUUCACUGAGCCUCGAGAGGACAUUCCGUCAUCAUCAUGGACUCAGUUCUUCACUUAUUUAUCUCUUUGUGGUUCUUAGCUCCGGCUGCAAUUUCAUUAUAGACUCCAAACUGAAUGGUAGCUGAGCUAGGUGUAGUGCUAGCUAAAGAAUUCAUCUUUAUACGUGUGUAAAUUCAUUCAUUCUGUGUUGUAUUGUGUAAACUUUUAAAAGUGCAAUGUGUCAGAUCUGGCCUAACAAGUAGGGGGCAGCAUUUCACACGACUGGGUCCAUACGAUCUAAAUUUAUCAUCAUCAGUUAAAAAGCUAAUCAAUAACUAACAGCAGGAUAACAAUAUUAGCUUUAGCUUUAUAUUAGCUCGGAGGACUGAGCGAAAUAUGACUCCUUUUCUUGUUUCGUCCACUUUGUUACGCACACGUUAUAGUAUUAUUGACCGUCCCUCGCCGCAGCUCUACUUUUUCCGUUUCUGGGUUUCGUCUACGGACCACGGAAAUACUUUUGAGACUAUUGAGCAGCUCUACUUGUUCGUCCUCUCGUGUCGGACUGAGGAGAGACUGGACGCUACAGUGACUCACUGUCGCCUCUAGACGACUCUGACACAACGUCAACACUUUAACCUCUUCGGGUCCUGUUGAUAAUGUUAGGCUGAUCUUACACGUUGCUCCUUUAAGUAUUUUUUUGUGUUUACAUUCUUAUUUUUAUAACAGGAUUUGGGCCCUCAGACUGCGAUGUGUCGCUCGGUGAACGUGCCUCAGUGGAGGUGCGCGGUACGUUCAGAGAUAAUCAUGAAGCAAUUACAGUAAGAGCACUUCAUGCUCUCUCAUCCAGGGUGACCUGCGAUGAGCAGAUAGGAGCUCAGUGUCGGCCACAAAGGACACUUCAGCAGAAUGCACGGCCAGUUGACGGACAGACUUUUACCUUUUCUGGGAAUCAAACCUGUGACCUUUAUAUAUGGAGAGCAGCCGCCGUCCACUCAGUUCUUUUACUGUAUAAUGUUAUGGGUUUGAUAUGAGUUAGAACGAGACGGAUCUGAAGGGGACAACAGAACGGGGAUGACAAAUGACAUUUUAAUGUUAAUUGCUUUCGACAUGUUUACAUGACAGUUUUCACAAAUGUCUUUUGGGAGCAGCAGUAGUGCCGUUAUCGACGAGAACAAAUUAGCCAAGCCGGUUUUCGGGGGUUUUUGUGACAAAAAACAUUUUGAUUAAACGGCCUUCCUUAGUCUUUGUCCGCUGAGGUCCGCUCCUACACAGCGAUCAAUAACACGAGCUUGAUUGUUUCUUUUGUCUUCCAUUAAUUAUACAAGCCAUCUUCUCAUUAUUGAAACUGUCAGGGGACAUUUGUUUACGUGUUUACACUUAAGAGCUUUAUUCAUCAGAAUAUCUUAUUUUUUGAAGUUUGUAAAAAGUAAUUACUGUUUUUGUCAUUGAGGCAAUAAAAGGCAACCCAAAAAACAAAGUGUACUUUUGUGCUCAUUAAACUGUGUUGAGUGAUUUUGUGGUUGUU